GUUUAGAUUUGCUAUCAGUUGGCGAUUUAUUCAAGCAGUUUAUUGUCAGAAAUUUUUGUUUCGCGCAAUGGUUAUCGAAGAUUGGAAAAAUUGCUGUAUUUCGAAAAAGUUUCCGUCUUAUCGAAAUUCGAGAGUAAUUACAGCGUUCGGCUGGCUCGUGAGCAAACGCGAAGAUGACGAAGCUGAAGGCCUUUGGCGUAUCCGUGACACUUUAUACGAUUUUACGAAUUUCAUUGAUAAACAUCCGGGCGGCUCAUUUUGGCUUAAGGAGACAAAAGGCACGGAUAUUACCGAACUUUUUGAAGCUCAUCAUUUAAGCAAUAUGCCGGCCUCUCUCAUUGAAAGUUAUAAGGUCCGUGAUGCGAUCAAUGAGAGAAUUUAUACGCUUACAAUGCAUGAGAAUGGUUUUUAUAAAACAUUAAAAAGACGAGUGCGCGACAAAUUGCCAACAAUUGAUGUGAAAAGAAAAAGCAACAGCGAUAAUAUACAUUUGGCACUUCUAUUAUCGACAUUUUUAACCGUCGUGUUUACCGCAAGAUGGAAUAGCUUGCUUUUAUUGGUCUUGGCCGGCACUUUACUUUGCUGGACUGUAAUAGCAGCUCAUAAUUAUUUCCAUCGUCGUGACAAUUGGCGCAUGUACACCUUUAACUUGGCUAUGCUGAAUGUUUGCGGUUGGCGUAUAUCGCACGCCAUGUCACAUCACAUGUAUCCGAACUCCUAUUGGGACUUGGAGUUGUCUAUGUUUGAACCAUUCCUAUGCUGGAUACCCAAUGAACAUGUGAAAACUCUGACGUUACGUUACAUAUCUUUUCUCAUAGAACCCUUAGUUUAUGCAAUGACGUUUUUAUUAGAUAUUCUAACCAGAAUUUUCUACUCAAUACGAUGCACCAACAUCAUGUACUGGCAUGAUUUACUAACUUUUACUAUACCUUUGUCGAUGUAUUUGUGCUCAGACUUAACAUUAUUUAUGUGUUUACGUCAAUGGCUAUUCAUUAUAAUGGUGGCUAGUUUCGCCUUUUGCGUUAUUGGUCUGAACGCUGCUCACCAUGAUCCGAAAAUAUACCACGAAGGCGAUGCAAUUCGUGAUGAUCGAGAUUGGGGCUUAUUUCAGGUCGACACUAUUAUCGAUCGUGUCGAUUUGAAAAGCUCUCAAUUCUUAGUGCUGACGCAUUUCGGGGAUCAUUGCUUACAUCAUUUAUUUCCUACACUAGAUCACGGCAUUUUACCGGAAUUAUAUCCCAUCUUUUAUGAAACUUUAGAUGAAUUCAAAGCUCAACUACGGGAAUAUAAUCACUUUCAACAUAUUCUUGGGCAACACCGUCAAUUAUUAAGAGUGAAAUCGAAUUUAAAGCCACCAGGGUUAAUGUGA